UCCAGAGUAGAUGCCGCUUGAAUUUGACCGAGCAAGGAAAGAAAAACUUCGCCCGUGUCUCUCUGCAUUUUGACCCAGCAUGGCUACUUUUGGCUACGGGGCGAUUUUCGUCUUCAUCCUCGCGGGACUUCUGGCUCUUCCCGCUGAAGGAAGUCCCUUCCAAGCCCGGAAGAACAAAGAUGGAGAAAGCAAGAUGCAGAUAAAUUUGGCUGCUUUAAAAGACAAGAUGCUCAACAGUGCAAGAGCUUCAAGGUCAACCGAUGAUGAAACCACAAGCUCGGUAUCAACUUCGGCCGCGUCAUCGAAUAUGUCAUCUUCAAUUUGGUCUUCAAUUUCGGCAUCUUCAGAUGAGAUUGUGAGAGUUUUAUCGUCAACAAAUGGUUCAUCUCUGGAUACGUCUUAUUCUUCGCCUCAGUCCUCAUCAUUUCCAACAUCGCAACUGUCUUCAUCUUCCUCAGCCGUGUCGUACUUGUCUCAGGUACUGGGUGGCUCCGAGGAUGGGCAAGUUGUUGAGGAUAAAUAUUACGCGUGCGUCCACGAUGAUUCACCGGGCUACCUCUGCCUUAGGGACGGCGAGUGCCUGGCCUUCCACAAGCUUUGUGACGGAAUCGUGGACUGUUCCGAUGCUGGUGAUGAAUCAGUAGAUGUAUGUGGAUGCGAUGGCAUGAUGUGCAACAUCACCAACGAGUGUGUUUCUAGCGAGUAUGUGUGCGACGGGGACCCAAGCGACUGCGACGGUAUGGAUGAAGUAGGUUGUCCUGAUUCGAGAUUCCAGGUGUGCGUGCCAAACCAUUUCAUGUGUUCAACAGGACAGUGUAUACCGGACUACUGGAUAUGUGACGAGAACCGGGACUGCCCUAGCGGUGAGGACGAGAGGAACUGUCAAACGCGCCGAUGUCCGGCCGGGUACUUCCGCUGCUCUUCUGGCUCGUGUGUGUCACUUAACUGGGUUUGUGAUGGCCAUGCCGACUGCACCGACGGGGCUGACGAACGCACCAUAGGCUGCGUCACCGAGUGCACGGCCAACCAGUACAAGUGUCUAGACGCCUCGUGUAUACCCCGGAGUAAGCUGUGCGACGGGGUCGGAGACUGCUCAUCCGGGGAGGACGAGGGUACUCAGUGCGGCUGCAGAUCCGAUGAGUUUGAGUGCUCGCCAAGAGAAUGCGUGCUUCAGAGCAAGGUAUGCGAUGGAAAUUCCGACUGCGCGAACGGCAAAGACGAGCAACUGUGUCAAACGACAGAAUGUCGCGACGGAUAUUACAGAUGUCACGGUGCGAGGAGGAUAUGCAUCCCGACGACCUUCAUUUGCGACGGUCAAGUUACGGAUUGCCCGGAAGGAGAUGAUGAGAUGGGGUGUGGAUGCGGAGCCGACGAGAUUCCAUGCUCGGAUGGCAAAACAUGCAUUCGGCAAAACCAGGUCUGCGACGGGAAUCGUGACUGCCCAUCCGGACAGGACGAGUCUGACUGUGGUUGCGGACAAAGGGAGCACGAGUGUCCAGAUGGCUCGUGCAUCAUGCUUGCUUUCCUUUGUAACGGCGUCACCGACUGCCGAGACGGGUCAGACGAAAGGGGAUGCCCCUGCCGAGACAACGAAUUCACAUGUGCUCAAAACGGCGUUUGCAUUGACGCUGAUCUGCAGUGCGACGGUAUUGUGGACUGCGCUGACGAAUCGGACGAGAACAGAUGCCCAACAGCACCCCCAAGAGUUUGUGAAUACCCAGCUCACUUUCUAUGUCCGGACACCACAAGGGUUUGCAUCGAUGGUGAACGACGUUGCGAUGGUGUUGCUGACUGCAGGGGAGGAGGUGAUGAGGAAGAUUGCCCGUGUGUGGGGGUUCAAUGCCUGGACGGUACAUGUAUUAGUAACCGGGCUGUGUGUGACGGGGUUGAGGAUUGUCGCCAGGGUGAGGACGAGGUUGGUUGUCCUGGAAGCUGCUCAUCAACAGAGUUUAAGUGUGCUCCAGGUGAAUGCAUAGACUCGUCAAAGUUAUGUGACCUCAACUUUGUUGACUGCCAAAAUGGAAAUGAUGAAUCCGAAGCAAGUUGUGGGGAAAGUAGUUGCAAUUCUGAUCAGGGUUUUGUGUGCCUGUCUGGUGAAUGUUUCGAUGGGCUAAAAGUAUGCAACGGGAUUCUUGACUGCCCUGGUGGGGAGGACGAGACGGCAUGCCCAACAGCGCCACCUACAGUCAAUCUACUACAUGAAGUCCAAGCUUUGAAGGAAGGUUUUGAAGGCUUAAGACAUCAUUUGACUGAGAAUGACGAAAAAACAGAUCUAUUGGAACUAGACGUGGAUAACCUUGAGACAAAUUUUGAAGACAUGAAUAUUGAGAUUGGUGAUAUCAGCAGAAAAGGUGCAGCCCUGGAAAGAGAGGUUGAGAUUCUUAAAGACGAGGUUGAGGAGAUCAAAAAGGAACUUUCUGAUCGCGACGACUACACUAACACACCUCGUCCUCCUGUGCGUCCAACACGGCCUGUGCGUCCAACACCUCCAGUGCGUCCAACACCUCCAGUGCGUCCAACACCUCCAGUGCGUCCAACGCGGCCCGUGCGUCCUACACCUCCAGUGCGUCCUACACGGCCCGUGCGUCCUACAAGGCCACAGAGUCGGACACUUCCUAUACGUCCAACAAGACAACCCUGAGAGAUGCCGUAAUAGCACAACAACCACCCCUCCUUCCCAAAAAAGUAAUUGCAAAACGCCUGCAAAAUUUACAUUUCUACAUGGCCCAAUUUGAUAG